UCUGUAAAAGAGCUGUCAAUGCAAAUUACACAUGAUUUCACAACCAAAAACACCAUUUCAUAAGACAUGUUUGCAACUUCUGGUUAUUUCAAAGGAGUUGACUGUCCCUACUACCUAAGUGGACUAUGCGAAAGGCCAUAUUGUCAUUUGAGACACGUUAAGAAGGAUGGGUGCCGAGAUGCAUCAUCCACAUUCACAUCUUCCUCCAAUUAUGUGGGGGGAAGUCGGCCAUCUUCUCCCCUUGACCCUGCUCUCUCUCAUGGAGGCUUACAGUGCAGUGGACCAACAGGAUCAAAGCCAGUGGGUCCAGGAGGUUACCUGAACAAGUCAGGUCCGACUGGGAACACCUCUUGUGCAGUACCAUUCAAGGAAGAAACUGUUGAGGAGUAUUCUGUGGAUGGCCAUGAGUCUGAAGGACCAUUGUAUGAGCCCACGCCAAAAUAUGACAUUACAGUUGGGCGGAAGAAAAGACAGAACUCUACAGACUGUCAGUACAAGCCUGGUGGACCUGCAGUAGAGGUGCCGGAGUAUGAACCAAAUCAUGCACCUGGAACCAAACCAGAUGAAACACCUGUGUACAAACCUGGUAGUGUACCCAAGAAGUCUAAGUUAGACAGUUAUGUUCCAAGUGGUUUGCCAAAAGUGUCAAAGUCUCAAGCAAAGAAGCGCAGAGCUAAUCCUGCAGGAGUACCUGAUGUCAUUCCUGAGUAUGUUCCAAGUGCUGUGCCUCAGUAUAAUCCCACUCCCAUUAAUCAGUUGAAGAGGAUGAAGAAGACACCAGAUACUGAGUCGGAGUAUGAUCCUGUCAAUAACUACAUGUACUCAACCAAUCCACCCCCAAAUGAUGUAGGAGAGGUUGUGUAUGUCCCAACAAAGCGCUCCAAGAUAGAAGGGGAGGAUGAUAUGUUUAUGGAUGAGUUUGGUGGUUCAGAUAAUGCUAAGUUCAGUGAUGAUGACCAUGAGGAUGAGUCUGAAUUAAUUAUGGAUUCUGGGAGAUAUGAGUCACCACUUGAGGAAGAGUCGGAUGAGGAAGUUAGUGAAAUAUUUGCAGUAAAACCUUUCUUCAAAGACACAAUAUCAGAUAAACCAGCUGUGGACAGCAAAGUUGAAAUUUGUGAAAAUGAGUUGAAGCAUCCAAUUCGAAAACCAGCGUCUACUGAAAAGAAAGAAGGAGAUAAAACAUCUGGUAAUGAUAAAAAAGAACAGUGUGAAAAGUCAGAGAUUGAUAACAAAUUAAAAGACAAGUUGGAAAAAUCUUCCAAACACUCCAGUUCAUCUAAGUCAAGUUCUAGUGAGAAAGGUAGUGAUGCUUCUAAAAAGAAGGACAAAUCUGCUAGCAGUAGCAAAAGCAGUAGUAAAAGUAGUAAAGCAUCUGAUAAUAAAAGUGCAAAACAUAGUUCCUCAACCUCAAGUCAUAAAAGAAGUUCCUCAAGUGAAAAAUCUCAUAGUUCUAAUGGUGCUAGUCAUAACAAAUCUAAACAUUCUGAAAAAGACAAAUCCAGACACAAAGAAAAUGGUGAAUCUGAUAAAUCUAGAACAAAAGAAUCCUCAGUGAAGGAUAAGGAGAAACAAAGCUCACACUCUUCAAGUUCGGAAAAGAAGCAUAAGUCAGAUUCUCAGAAAUCACACAGUAGUUCUCAUAAACAAAGGUCAUCUUCGAAAGACAGUACACAUCACCACCGAGACUCAAGAGAUAAGUCAAAGGAAAGUGAUGGUAAGAAAAGCCAUAGCAGCCACAGUAGAUCAUCCUCCAGUUCACAUAGUCAUGGGCACUCAAGUAAAAGCAGCUCCAAGUCCGAGAAGGAAAAUAAAAACAAGCAUGAAAAGUCCAAGUCUUCGUCUUCUAAAAGUCCCAAGGACAAGGAUGGUAAGAAUGAUAAGGACCAGAACCUGGCCCAUAUCAAUGCUGAUUUGUUUGGUUCAGAAAGUGAGGAGGAAGGGACCUCAGGUAAAAAGUCAAACAAUAAUUCACAUGACAUGACAGAUGCUGAGUUGGCCAUGUUUCUUGAGGACAGUGAUUUUGAAUGUGAGACGGACACGUUUGAAGAGUGCUUAAAGAUAUUCAACGAGGAGGCUCCAUCAUUUAAGAAACAGACUAGUGAGAAAAAGGCAGCAAGGGAACACAGUGAGUCAACAAAUGCUAGCACGUCCCAGGUGGUGGGGAAGAAGAGAGUUGGCACAUAUGGGCGACACAAGGCCACCAAACGGUCAGCACCGAAGCCAGCUGUGAAGAUGAGUCCUGCGGAGGUGAUGCACAACCGUUUGAUGGAGAUGCAGCGACGGGCCUUGGAGGCGGCGGAGGCUAGGAAGGCUGUGGCCGAGGCCCAAGCUGCAAUAAAAUCUGGGUCUAGCUCUACUCAAAGCUUUGGAGGGGGGGGGCUGAAGCGGACAGCUCACAUGCCGAAGUUGAAGUCCAGCCGACAGGGAAGCCUGGACGACAGGGAUGAUGACAAGAGAACUGUUGCUAUCACAGUAGCCAGAGGGGAGAAGAGGAAAGCCCAUGCUCCAACACUUAGUAAUGUGAAACGUCCGACGAUACCAGCAGAGUUUGGGAGUAAAGUCCCAAGCAACAUUCGACAACGCUACCUGAAUCUCAUAAUAGACGAAUGCCUCAAGAUAUGCAAGACGGAAGAGGAGGCGUAUAAAAAAGGUCAAGAAGAAGAGGCUGCUGUUUACAAACGAGCCACCAAUAAAAACAUCUACCUCCGAGUUGCCGUGAAUGCCAUAAAGAGAUUACGAGUUGAAGUACAACAGUCUUGCUCAUCCCCCACCAAGAGUCCUUCGAAGAUCAUCAAACAGUCACAUGAAGCAACGUUAGGCGGCAAAAAUGCCACAAAAACAACCUACACUUUGCAUCGAUCAGGAGGAACCAAGGCAUACAAUGAAGAUUUCAGAGGUGCAGAACUGUACAAGCGACUGUCUAAGUACAUCUUGACCGAGGAACAGUUGAGGGAGAAUGGUUAUCCCCGACCCUCAGAUCAAGGUGGCUCACAUGCCAAGUUCUAUGCUGAAAGGAAAGAAAAAGAUGUCAUUUUAAAACAACAUGAAAAAAACUGUGCACGUUGUGGCAAGAGGUUCAUUGUGUUUCCUAAUGGUAACUACAAUCGAGAGGAAGAGUGUGUCUACCACUGGGGCAAGGCCUGGAAGAAGAGAGUGGACCGUGCCCUGGUGUCCAGCUACAACUGUUGUGGGGGGGACCUGGGGACGGAGGGGUGUCAGGUGUGCAAGUACCAUGUCUUCGAGUCCAACAAGUCAGAGAGUGUGACAGGCUACAUGAAAACCAUUCCUUCCUCCCCGCCAAUAGAUGGGGAUUAUGGUGUUUAUGCCAUGGAUUGUGAGAUGGUAUACACCAAGGGCGGUAUGGAACUUGCAAGGGUGACGGUCAUUGACCCCGAGUCCAAACCCGUGUACGAGACACUGGUUAAACCAGGCUUCCCAGUGAUUGACUACAACACAAGGUUUAGCGGUCUUACUGAAAAGCAUCUCCAGGAUGUGACGACAAGUCUUCGGGAUGUACAAGCUGUGCUGCUAAGUCUCUUUACUGACAAGACAAUUCUCAUUGGCCACAGUCUCGAGAGUGAUCUCAUUUCUGUCAAGAUCAUCCACAACACUGUAGUGGACACUUCUGUAGUGUUCCCCCACCGACUCGGACCGCCGUACAAGAGAGCUCUCCGUAACCUCAUGGUGGAUUUCCUUCAGAAAAUUAUACAAGAUGAUGUCGGCGGCCAUGACAGUCAGGAGGAUGCAGUUGCCUGCCUGCAGUUGAUGCAGUGGAAGCUGAAGGAAGACGCUCUGAAGGAGGUCAGACGCGUCUAAGACUUGUCACCAACGUCAUCUGUAAAUCAUCUGUAUAUCUGAAGGUCCAUCCAUGUCAUCACCCCUUUCAGAGAUCAUCUUCAAAAAUCUGGCUUCCGCUUCACCACAACAUGUCAGGAAAAGAUGAAUUUCCAACAUCAGUUUCAAUGUGUGUCUGGACGUCAGUUAGAUCAUUCAUCCAUGACAUCACUUGUGUUAGAGCAUCAGUAAUAUCACAGACCAUUGUAACAGGAAAACAUCCUUCAGCUUUGUGGCGGGAAACCAGGGAGAUCUCUCAGCCAUGACACCACUUGUGUUGAUAUUUUGUAGAUAUCUCAGUCAAUUGUGAAAGGAAAAGAUCUUGCAGCCAUGUCUUGUGGCAGGACAACCAUGAAUAAUUCAUCUGGAAAUUCUGCAACUCAUUUAAUUUCUGACUUACGUCUGCAGAUGAAAUAGUUGAAUCAGGUGUGUCACAUGUCGCAUCUGAAAGUGUCAUUGAAACCGAACACAGUUCAGUGAAAUGUUAAGAGUACAAUGGCUGUAUUUUAACAUCAUCAGAAUGAACCCAUGCUUAGCUUUGUACAUACAUCAGGAAUACUUGGGCAUUAAUAUUUCCUGCUAGUCUCUCGUGCAUGUUGGCAGUUCACCAUCUCAAGUACCACGGUACUUUGUGGACAGAUUGUCAGAAUCUUGUGUAAACAAAAACAGUACAAGCCAGUAUGACUGUUUGUUUGUGAUAAUAAACCAAAAUCCUCUUGCUUAAAGAAUAUAUCACCUGAUAUGUGUGACUAUUUAUUAUCAAUAAAUAUUCAAUUAUAUCACUUUAAAGGUUUUAUUUGCCAAAUUCAGCAGUCUUACAACAAUAUUAGAAUAUCAAACACGAAAAUGGGCAUUACAGCCAAACACUGACUGUAGCCUUAAGUUGAUACUCAAGCUACUACAACAAGGUGUGCAGCCUCUGUACAAUGAUAUCCUGUUCAGAAUAAAAUCCAGAAACCCCUUAGAAAUGAUUCUUCUAACUAUUAGAAAGUACGUAUAUUCCAACACAAUUGUAUCUUUCUUUUUGUGAACUAAUUUUAUUGGAAUGAAGUGGUUAUAAAAUGUUUAAAAUUAUUUUGUUGUAUAGUUAAAAAAUCAUUGAACCUCAUGCCAUCUGAAAAGCUUGUUUUCCAUGUAUAGAUGGCACUGUUCCGUUGUGAAUCCAUCCUGUUUAAUGCAGACUUUUGUGCUUUCAACAUCAUAAAUAACACUAACAAAGUCCUGUUAAUGACAGAAUUGUAUAAACAAUCUCCAUGGCAGCCUGUUCAAAGCAUUAUGGAGUCAACAAUCCUUCAUGAUCCUCUCAAGUCUUAAUACAUAUCGUGUACAUAUGUAAAUGAUGUGAUUGUCUUUGUUGGGUGUAUGCAGUGUCCAUCGAAGCUUCUUUGUGACUUUUGUUGACAUUUGUCAUAUUUAUGUCAUUCUGCUCAAAACAAAGCAAGGAUAGAAAUAUAUGGUGAACGUCUUGCUAUGUACAUUUUAUUGUAUUAGUUUAGGUCAUAGUUUUGAUUUAUGCCCUACAAAAAUCUACAAUCAUCUUGCGUGACUAAAUCUUAGACAUGUUGUCAGACAUGUUGUGAGUGACUGUGUUCGUACUUAAAACUGACAAAUCUUGCCAAAGACAUCAUGAAACCAUUUGUCACCCCCUUUAUCCUAAAAGUUGAAUGAGGUUUGUACUUCCUGGGACGCCGGUGAAGCCUAUUUCUGGUGUCGCCAGCCGUGAUAUUGCUGGAAUAUUGCUAAAAGUGGCGUAAAACCAUACUCACUCAUAGGGCGCAGUCAUGUUAUGGAGUUUCAAUUUGCUGUGUAGAGUUGCAUCCCUUUGUGGGCCAAAACAUGUGAUCCAGGGUUUGAAGUCCAGUUAUUCUUUUUUAUAUGUGCAGGUUUUAUUAGCACCACAGCCAUGGGUUUCACAAAGCAGUAAACGUCUGAGACAUGCAUGACUGACACAUUAGGCCAGACACACUUUGAUGUACAUCUGUUGGAAGUCACUCACUCAUUUGUAUUUCCUCUCUGAGAAAAGUGUUUUUACUAUAAAGCAGCCUGCAACUUGAUGCUUCAUAUAGAAUACCCUGUCAUUGUCUAGAACCAUCACUUUUUCCCAGUAUUUGUCGGAACAAAGUACAAUAUGUAGUCAAUGUUUGGAACUUUAGUUCAGAUUCAUAUUUCUCAAACACAACAUUUCUAUCCAUUCAGAAGCAGGAACAUUUCAUCAUUUAUUUAGUUUCAAUUAACUUUCAAACACUGGCAACAUCUGAAGAAUACAAAUCCGUCCAAGUGCGUUUCAUGAAUAUUGUCAUAGCAUACAUGCUGUUAAGCAUUCUUUUGUACUUUAACUAAUUAGUUAAUUUUCUAAAAGUUAUAAACAUAAUUAUCAUAAAGUUGUAAAGAAUGAUUGUAAGUGAUGAAGUUUUGUCCUUAGUGGUUUUAUUCCCUCUUGUGUUGAGAAGGUAUCGUGAUCUUCAACUGAUGUGUCCUCCUUGGUUUACAUUUAUCAAACAACUUGGCAUAUAACAGUGGUCUUCAGCCUGGUAGCUGGCUGCGCAGGGUUGUGUCCCUUAGGUGAAAGGAUCUGCUGGUUCUGUGUUUGAAUCCCAGAUACACCCUGAUUGUCAUGUUGGAAUUGUUAUCACCCAGGUGAUCAGUUUCUAUGACCAUUUCAACCAAAUACAGCAUUGUUACAAUGUCAGUUGUAAUUUAUAACCUAAGUUUGAUCUUUCAGUACAAUGUCAGUUUGCAGUAAUUUGUGACAAUUGUUAAUAUUAGUUUGCUGGGAGACAGCUGUAGUUACAAAAAAAACCGAAGGUUACCAUGAAUAAUAAUUGCUUUGUAAAUGCUUUCAAAUAAUAUCACAUUGUUAUCAGGCUUUGUGUUCAGUGGCAGUUUUAUUGACGUGUUGGGGAAUUUUACAUCCCCCAUUUUCAGUAUUAACGGUAAAAUGCUUGCAAUAAAUCAAAUGGAAUUUAUGUUUAAAACAACAUCUGUUUAAUGAGACACCUUUGACUAAUCUUUUCUUCUUUGUCUGUAUGUAUAUGUAUGUGCUGUCUGGGGAACUUGCCAUGCAGAGUUAUGUCCCUUUGUCAUGCCAGGAUCCACUGAUUAAGCUGACACAUGAUGUUACUGAAGUGCUGUAAAACUGACUCAGUUGCAUAUGCAAACACUUCUAUUGAGGGAAUGAUAGGCUAUGAAAGAUGCAAUGUUCUCCACAUUUACCUGUAAGAAGUGAAUAUUUUUCUUCCCAAAAACUAAUUGGUAUGAAAUCUAGUCUGUGUCUAUGUGUUUACUUUUGUAUAAAAUAUAGUUUAGUCCCAUGUUCUGUCCCUAAUGAGCUGCCUUUCCUCAUGUCAAUAAAUCAGAUUUAAGCAAUCAUGAAAUAUUGGUUGGUGUAAAACUUUGUCUGAGGCUUUAAGAAAGAGUGUCUCAAUACAAACCUGAAAAUAGGGAGUAGCCUUGAGGUUAAAUCAUGUCGAAGACGAGGGUUACAUUUCCUGCAUUGUAACAAUGUGUGAAGUAUAUUUCCUUGUGUUCCCGCUGUGCUAUUGCUGGAAUAUUGCUAAAAGCAGUGUAGAACCUCGCUCACUUACUCAUGGCAGGUAUGUCAUCUAGUCACGAACACAUAAUCCUAUGAUAAAUGUAGGUGUUUUAUUCAAAAUUUAUUGUUCAUUGAUAUGUAUAUACUGAUCAACAUUUGCCAGGGAUAUGAGUAUACAGUAUAGGAGGUUAGUGUUUUAGUGGAAACUGAAUUGGUUGAAAUGCUUUGAAAUGUUGUCAUAUAAUAUCUGAGAUAAUGCAUUGUUCACUUUGAUUUCAAGGUAAAACAAAUUUAAUUAAAUAUUUUCAUGUGUCCCAGUGAAGGAUGAAAAGUAUACUCAUUCAGUGCUUCAAUAACAUUGAUUCCAUGUAAAAAGUAUAUUUAUGACACAGUAAUUAAUGACUAAUGCUAUAAUUUGUACCCACUUAGA